UUCAUCACCACCAUCCAUCACCACCACAACAGUAACCACAACCAUGUCCUCAAACGUCGGCCUCUCCACUCCCCGCGGCAGCGGCACAAGUGGAUACGUCCAGCGCAACCUCUCGCACCUAAGACCCCGCGACUACCCUCCUCCCUCCUCCUCCUCCGCCAUCGCCUCUAACACCCGUGAAUACCGCCAACGCCAACCAGACAAAGAAAUCCUCGAACACGAUCGCAAGCGUGGCGUCGAAGUCAAAUGCUUAGAAUUCCGGGAUAAGCUUGAGGACGAAGGGGUCGACGAGGACGAUAUUGACGAGCGGGUGGAGACGUACCGGAAGAAGUUGUUGGGGGAGUUGGAGAGGGAGGGGGAGGGCUGGGAUGUUCAUGAGAUCGCGGUGGCGAAGGCUGCCGAGAGUGAGAGAUUGCGCAAUGCGUUGGGAAUUUCGAAGGAUUAUCAGGAGGGGAGCCAUUGGAAGAAACAGGAGGACGAACGACAGAAGCGCUUGGGGGAUAGAGAGAAGGAGGUUGCGGCAAGUAGGAGGAGGAGCGCUUCUCCGGCUUAGGUCCCUUUCCUAUUUCUCUCUUUUUUUUUUGCGCUCCGUCUAGGAAUUGGAACGCCGUUGGAUAGGGCGGGGCUUGCUGCAACAUGAUGCAGUACUUUUUGCGCUGGCUUCGGGGUCACGGGUAUGGGGAAAUUGUCCUGUCUAUCUACUUGAGGCUGCGAGGGUGUAAUUCUAGUUUUUGCCAUUGGCAUUGUUGUACUGUCUUCUGGGACUGUGGUCCACCCUCUUUUUCAAUACCUCAUUACAGUACA